AUGAACUCAAAGAAAUCCGUAAAAAGUUCCCAAUCAAAUGCAGGAACAUCGAAACCAUCACAAGUACUACAAGGUGUAAUCGGAAGCAAGGCAAACUCAAACUAUAAUCGAAUGAAAAUAUGGAGACAACUCAAUACGCCAGAAUCUUCCUCUGAUGUUCACAAACCAAAUAUUUUCUCCUUACCCGAGAAACUUUUGAAACAUUCAGCAAAAUUGACACCUCACGAGAAGAAAAAGAAGAAAACAAUUAAAAAAGUCAAAUCUUACACUGUUGUUCGGAAAGAACGAGAAGAAUUUCGUAGAAAGCUUGUGAAAUUGAUAAUAAGUUCGGAAGAAGAAAUCGCACGUGACGAUGGAACUUUUCCUGAUGCUCAAGAAAAGGAAGUUAUGCGAUAUUAUUACUACAUAAAGCACGGAAUUGACACGGUUCAUGUAUCGCCCAUUGACAAACGUGUAUUGAAUCGAGUUUUAAAGUUGAUUCCUAAAAAUCUUACAAAGUACACUGGUUUGUUGGAAACGAUAACUGCUGAGAUGAAAGAAGAUUACAUCACGGCUGUAAAGAAAGCUGUCAUUGAUUUCGUUCUUGGCGAUGCUCUCACGAAAAAUAUCAACAAACAAGAAAGAUCUCAAUACCUUCAAGAACUUAAAGAGAUUUCAAUGAAAUGGCGGCAUCGUUUCGAAGAAAAUCGAUUGAAAAUCAAACGAACUCUCUUUGCAAUUAAUCCAUGUUUAUCACAAAUUCUUGAGAUCUGGUACACGUCGUUCAAAGAUAUGAGUUAUGUUGACAUGAAGAAAAUAAUUGAAAAAGGUCAAGCUUAUGAUCUUGCUGAAUUUACGACGACGAUCAUGAAACAGAUUGAAGAUGCAAAGGUCAAGUUACAAGAGAAAUGGUUUGGGGCAAUUCAAAAUAUCAUCAGUCGAAUGUCGAAGAAGAAACUCGUACCAGAACCGUCAAAACCGAGACUUCUAAAACGAUUCUACAAUUCUGUCGCUGCUUUAAUGACUCAGCAGUUGCAAGAAAUGUGCAUAAGAAGCUUAACAUCUUACACGUUUUAUAUUUGCGAUGUUGGGCAAUCAAAUCAAGGCUUUCGGUUAACAAUUCUUUUGGAAGACGAAGACACGCUGUCAUUCUCACCACAUUUCACAAAGUUUCGUUAUGAACUUAUACGAAUGAUUGACGUGAUUGUGAAAGCAGGAACUUCAUUUCCAAGAAUUGAAUCGAAAAUAUUUAUGGAUGCAACGAAUAACGAAGAAUUUCUUAAACCAGCAAUUCCAUUGGAUAUGAUUGAAAGUUCUCGAUUGAAAAUUCACGAGAUGCUUCAAGAACAACGAAUUGGACCUGAAUUAAGAAUGCAAGAUUUCGAUGACUUUAUGGAUUUGAUGAAUGGUAAAAAUAUCGAAGAAAUUGAAGACUUUAUCAAAAACAAUCCAAAGUUUGAAGACUAUUGUGAACUUAUUGAACAUUAUAAAAGAGUCGAGCAUAACAUUUCGCGGAAAGUUAAUGGCGUUGUGACAAUGGGUUUGUAUGAAUUUCAUCGAGAAGGCUUAAUCGAUACAUUGGAGAGUCUUGCAAGACUCAUGCAAAAAGAAUUAAUUGCAAGAGUCACGUCAGAUCAACAGAGUGCAAUGUCAAAUCUUACAUUACAAUACGAAGACAUUUCUGCAAAACUUCUUUCAACACCAAAAGAUACAAAAAAUUUAAUGGAAAUGAAAGAUUACGCUUCGAAAACUGAAGACGAAACAAUUCCUGAAAUGGAAGAUCAACUGCGAUUGAAUCUUCAACAACUUUUAUAUUUGACCGACUACACGAUCUUAACACCACUUGAAAUAAAGCUCAACACGAACACAUUUCUAUGGUACUUGAAGAUGCCGUCAGUGUUUGAUGAUCACAAGAAGAUCAUAGCUGAGAAAGUCAUAGAAUAUCAAGAACUGUUGAAGAAACGAAUUGAAUAUUUCAAGAAAGAUUUGGAACUUUAUUGGGAACAAGUUCAAGAAUAUUACAAAUGGGGCGAUAUAAAGAAACUGUCAAAGUAUAAGAAGAAAUCAACAGUUUUGGAUAAAAAAUUGAUGCAAGCAAUGCAAAAGAUUGACGACAUAAAUGAAGAAGAGACAGCUUAUGGUUGGGACGAGUCACAAUAUCCAUUAAGAAAGCAAUGCGCAGAUAAAUUGUUGCCUUAUAAGAAGCUUUUCGAUGCUGGUCAAGAGUUUAUGGACAAACAUGACUUAUGGAUGCAUACACAAGUUGGAACGUACGAACCUGAAUCAAUUGAAGACACGAUUGGAAAUUUAUACCGUGCUGUUGCAAAUUUAGAGAAAAAGUUUUCCGAUUCAAUCAGCACUCAAAGACUUGCGACUGGAAUUAAAAAUUCAAUUGAUGAAUUCAAAGUUCAUCUUCCUUUAAUUAAUACAUUAGGAAAUCCAGGAAUGAAAGAUCGUCAUUGGGAACAAGUUUCAGAAAUAAUCGGAUUCCCAAUUAAGAAGUCACCAGACAUGACGUUGGAGAAAGUCAUUGAUUAUGGUCUUGCUGAGUAUGUCAGUAAAUUUGAAUCAAUUUCUGAAAGUGCAACAAAGGAAAAUAAUCUCGAGAAAGGAAUGUCAAAGAUGAUCAGUGAAUGGGGAGAUAUAAAGUUCCUGGUGAAUCCUUAUCGUGAUACUGGCACGUUCAUCUUAGCAACUGUUGAUGACAUUCAAGUGUUACUCGACGAUCACAUCAUUAAAACGCAAACAAUGAAAGGUUCACCGUACAUCAAACCUUUCGAAAAGGAAAUCGUUGCGUGGGAGAAGAAAUUGAUGUUGCUACAAGACAUCCUCGAUGAUUGGCUUAAAGUUCAAGCUACUUGGAUGUACCUGGAACCAAUUUUCGGCAGUCCCGACAUUCAAUCACAAAUGCCAGAAGAAGGAAGACGAUUCAGUGCUGUUGAUAAGAUUUGGAAAGAUUUAAUGCGUGCUGUUUAUUCUGACACUCAAGUUCUUUCAGUUCUCGAGAUUGAUAAAAUGUCUGACAAGCUCAAGAAAUGUUACGGACUUUUGGAACAAAUCCAAAAAGGUCUCAAUGAAUAUUUGGAGAAGAAGCGACUUUACUUCCCUCGAUUCUUCUUUUUGUCAAACGAUGAACUUCUUGAAAUCUUAUCAGAAACAAAAGAUCCAACACGUGUUCAACCACAUUUGAAGAAAUGUUUCGAAGGAAUUUCAACACUCAACUUCACAGAAUCUUUAGAUGUGACACUGAUGAGAUCAAGUGAAGGUGAAGAAGUGAUUCUUGAUGAUGUCAUAUCAACAUCGAAAGCUCGUGGUCAAGUUGAGAAAUGGUUACUUGAACUUGAGAAAGCUAUGAAGAAAUCAAUUCGUAAUCAAAUUAUGAUGUCAUUGAAUGCUUAUUUGAAAUCAAUUCGACAUGAGUGGGUGUUGCAAUGGCCUGGACAAUGCAUACAAUCAAUAUCAGUGACAUAUUGGACGAUUGAAGUGACUGAAUGUUUCACAAAAGAUAAUCCAAUUCAUGAGUUGACAAAAUACUUGGACAAGUGCAAUGAUCAGAUCAGUCACAUUGUAAGUCUGGUUCGUGGUAAAUUAUUACUUCAGAAUCGCAUAACACUCGGUGCACUUGUCGUGCUUGACGUUCAUAGUCGUGACGUUCUAAUCGAUUUAAUAAAUCAGAAAACAACCAAAGAUGACGACUUUAAUUGGUUGUGUCAGCUUCGAUAUUAUAUUGAAAAUGAUGAUCUUGUUACACGAAUGAUCAACUCGUCACUUGAUUAUGGUUAUGAAUAUUUGGGCAACACAACAAGACUCGUCAUCACGCCUUUAACUGAUCGCUGUUAUCGAACACUUUUUGGUGCUUUACAUUUGCAUCUUGGUGGUGCACCAGAAGGUCCAGCCGGCACUGGUAAGACUGAAACUACAAAAGAUCUCGCUAAAGCUGUUGCAAAGCAAUGUGUCGUCUUUAAUUGUUCCGAUGGUCUUGAUUACAUUGCACUUGGAAAGUUCUUUAAAGGACUUGCAUCAUGUGGUGCUUGGUCAUGCUUCGAUGAAUUUAAUCGAAUUGAUCUGGAAGUUCUCUCAGUUGUUGCACAACAAAUUUUGACAAUUCAACGCGGAAUUAAUUCAGGUUCGAAGAGUUUAAUGUUUGAAGGGACGAUGCUUCAAUUAGAUCCAUCAUGUGCUGUUUUCAUCACAAUGAAUCCUGGAUAUGCUGGCAGAAGUGAACUUCCAGACAAUUUAAAAUCUUUAUUCCGUUCUGUAGCUAUGAUGGUUCCCGAUUAUGCUUUAAUUUCUGAAAUUGAACUUUAUUCUUAUGGAUUUCUGAAUGCACGACCAAUGGCUGUUAAGAUUGUUGCAACUUAUCGUCUUUGUUCGGAACAACUUUCAUCACAACCUCACUAUGAUUAUGGCAUGAGAGCUGUCAAAUCAGUUUUGAAAGCUGCUGGUGCACUUAAAUUAAAAUAUCCAAACGAAUCUGAAGAUGUUUUAAUCUUACGAUCAAUUAAAGACGUGAACCUUGCAAAGUUCUUAAACCAUGACGUUCCAUUGUUUCAAGGCAUCGCAUCUGAUUUGUUUCCUGGUGUCGUUCUUCCUAAAUCUGAUUAUGAAGUCUUUAACAAAGCUGUUGAAGAUGUUUGUGUUGAGAAUAAUAUUCAAUGCACGGAAGUAUUCUUAGAAAAGGUUCAGCAACUCUACGAGAUGAUUCUGGUUCGUCAUGGUUUGAUGAUUGUUGGAAUGCCAUUCGGUGGGAAGACGACAGCUUAUCGGAUGCUUGCACUUGCCCUUGGUGUUAUUGAAGAACGCGGUGGAAUGGAUGAACACAAAGCAAUCUUCACAGUUAUAAAUCCAAAAUCAAUAACGAUGGGACAACUUUACGGUCAAUUUGAUUUGAUAUCUCACGAGUGGAGUGAUGGAAUUUUAGCUGUCAGUUAUCGACAGUUUGCUGUAAGUUCAACGCUUGAUCGUAAAUGGUUGAUUUUUGAUGGUCCCGUUGAUGCGAUUUGGAUUGAAAACAUGAACACAGUUCUUGACGAUAACAAGAAGCUUUGCUUGAUGUCUGGUGAGAUUAUUCAACUGGCACCGACAACAAAUUUGGUUUUCGAGCCAAUGGACUUAGAAGCAGCAUCACCAGCGACGGUUUCCAGAUGUGGAAUGAUUUAUAUGGAACCUUCAGCUUUAGGAUGGAAGCCACUGCUUGACUCGUGGAUGAAUGAACUUCCAAAGAGUUUUCAUACAGUCAAUCGUCAAGUCAUUCUUCAAUUAUUUAAUCGAUUUUGUCCGAUUCUUCUUUGGUUCAUUCGAAAAGGUGGACUUAAAGAGAUGACACCAACAAAUGAUUCAAAUCUUGUCCGAUCAGUGAUGAAUCUUUUUGAUUGCUUCACUGACGACUUUCGUGUUGAUCCUUCACUUACAACUGAUAAAGAUAAAGACGCUUCAGUGAAGGAAGUUGAGAUUCGUGCACAAAUUGAAGGAAUUUUCUUCUUCUCUUGCAUUUGGGCUUUGGGUGGUUCAUUGUUUCAGGAAAGUCGCGAGAAAUUCUCGGAAGUUUUUCGAGCUUUAUUUGAGAAAAACUUUCCUGAAGAGUUGAUUGAAAAGUUUAAAAUUCCAGAACAUGUUCAGGUGUCGCCACUUCAGAAGCCUUUCAUCUUUCCAAUUCCGAAGGCAGGUUCAGUCUUUGACUAUCGAUACAUAAAAGAAGGAAAAGGAAAAUGGCGACUUUGGUCUGAUGACAUGCAACAAGCUGACGCAAUUCCACGUGACAAACCAGUGAACCAAAUCAUCGUGCCAACAGUGGAAACAGUGAGAACGUCAGCACUUUUAGAUCUGCUUGUAAAGCAUUCGAAACAUUUAUUGAUUGUCGGUCCAACGGGCACAGGGAAGUCGGUUUACGUCAAUGACUUUCUAUUGAAAAAGAACGACACUUCUGUAUUCAAACCUCUUCUCAUCAGCUUCUCAGCACAAACAACAGCAAACCAAACGCAAGACAUCAUCAUGUCAAAGCUUGAUAAACGUCGGAAAGGAAUUUUCGGUCCACCGCAAGGUCAAAAGUGUGUCAUAUUCGUCGACGAUGUUUCAAUGCCAAUGAAAGAAACUUAUGGAGCGCAACCACCAAUUGAGUUACUUCGAAUGUGGUUUGAUCAUAACAUUUGGUAUGAUAGGAAAGAAAACGUUGCAAUGCGUUUGAUUGACAUUCAAUUGGUUUGUGCCAUGGGACCGCCGAGCACUGGCAACACAGUGACACCAAGAUUCGCAAGACAUUUCAACACUCUCGUCAUUAAUGAAUUUGAUGAACAAACGUUGACAACAAUCUUCAGUAAAAUUGUUUUAUGGCAUUUGGAUACUCGUGGAUUUUCAAAAGAAUUCGAUCCGUGCAUUGAUGAAAUUGUCAGCUCGACUUUAACGAUUUAUCAAGAAGCGAGAAAAUUUCUUUUGCCAACACCAACGAAGUGUCAUUAUUUGUUUAAUCUUCGUGACUUUUCUCGUGUUAUUCAAGGCGUUCUACUGUCAGUUCCUGAAGGAACAGAAACAAUCGACACAAUGCGAAGACUUUGGGCGCAUGAAAUUUUACGUGUUUAUGGUGAUCGAUUAGUUGAUGACAAUGAUCGUGAUUGGCUUUUUAAAAUGAUUUACAAUGUCAUGAAGGAAACAAUGAAUGUCGAUCCAGAAGAAUUAUUUGCAAGAUUAAAAGAACCGAAACAAGAUUUGAGUGAAAGCGACUUACGUAAACUUCUUUUCUGUGACUUUACAAAUCCAAAAGCUGAUAACAAACUUUACUUGGAAGUUGAAGAACUUGAACAACUUCGUUACACUGUUGAAGCUUAUCUUGUUGAGUUUAACAACAUGAGUAAGAAGCCAAUGAAUCUCGUGCUGUUCCGCUUCGCAAUUGAACAUUUAUCGAGAAUUUGUCGCAUUUUAAAGCCACCACGUAGUCAUGCAUUGUUGAUAGGUGUCGGUGGAUCAGGGAAGCAAUCUUUGACACGUCUCGCCGCUCAUAUUAAUGACUAUGAAACUUUUCAAGUUGAAAUUUCCCGACAAUAUGGAAUGAUGGAAUGGCAUGAAGACAUCAAAGCAAUUGCUAGGAAAGUCAGCACUUCAGAGAAUCAAGGAGCGUUUCUAUUCACCGACAUUCAAAUUAAGGAAGAAGCUUUUCUUGAAGACGUCAGUUACCUUCUCAACACUGGCGAAGUUCCAAAUCUCUUCAAUCUUGAAGAGAAAAAUGAAAUUCUUGAAAAAAUGAGACAAAUUGAUCGUGCUAAAGAUAAAAGCAUUCAAACUGAUGGAAGCCCAGUUGCUUUAUUCAAUAUGUUUGUUCAACUUGUCCGUGAACAACUUCAUGUCGUUCUUUCAAUGUCACCAAUUGGAAAUGCAUUAAGAAAUCGAAUUCGAAAGUUUCCAGCGAUUGUCAAUUGUUGUACGAUUGAUUUGUUUCAAGCAUGGCCUGAAGAUGCUUUAUUAGCAGUGGCUUCAAGAUUUCUUAGCACUGUUGAACUUACAGACUUGGAACGACCAGUUUGUAUUGACAUGUGCAUGGAGUUCCACACAUCAACGAGAAUUUUAUCAGAACAAUUCUACCUUCGUCUUAAUCGUCAUAAUUACGUCACUCCAACUUCUUAUCUCGAACUUAUUCACACUUUCAAGACAUUACUCGAGAAUAAACGAAACGAAACGAAGACAGCAAGAACACGUUACAUCACUGGAAUUGAUCAACUUGAAAUUGCAUCACGACAAAUUGAUAUUUUGAAAGCAAAUUUAGAAGAACUUCAACCAUCAUUGAAACUCGCUGCUGAAACUGUUGCCAAGCAAUUAGUGCAAGUUCAAAAGGAUCAAGACGCUGCUAAUGCUAAACGUGAACAAGUGAUGAUUGAUGAAGCAGCAGCACUUGAACAAGCAACUGUCGCUAAUGCAAUUAAGGAAGAAUGUGACGAAAAGUUAGCAGAAGCCAUUCCAAAGCUCGAGGAAGCAAAUGCAGCGUUGCAAACUUUAACAUCGCAAGACAUUUCACUCGUCAAAACAAUGAAAUCGCCGCCAGUUGUUGUGAAAAUUGUUAUGGAAGGAAUUUGCAUCAUGAAAGAUGUGAAACCAGAAAGAAUUCCUAAUCCAAGUGGUGUCGGUGUGAUUGAAGAUUAUUGGGCUGCGUCGAAGAAAGUUUUAACUGACAUCAAAUUCCUUGACAGUCUUCUCAACUUUGACAAAGACAACAUCCCACCAAGAGUCAUAACAAAAGUACAAGAACGUGUCUUAAGUAAUGAAAAUUUCGAUCCUGAUAAAGUGAAAGCAGCUUCAGCAGCAUGUGAGGGAAUGUGUCGAUGGAUCAGCGCAAUUGUUGAGUACGACAAAGUUAUAAGAGUCGUUGCACCUAAACGAGCGGCUUUGGAAGAAGCUCAAGCGAAUUAUAACAGUGCAAUGUCAUUAUUGACAGCAAAGAAACAACAACUUGCUGGUUUGGAGGCAAAUCUUGCUGAGUUGAAACGACAACUUGAUGCACAAAUUGCAAUACAAAAUGAAAAGCAAGCAAGUGUUGAAAUGUGCACGAAGCAAUUGGAACGUGCAACGGAAUUGAUUGGUGGAUUGGGCGGUGAAGGGACGCGAUGGUCAGUUGCAGCUGACAAAUUAGGAGAAAUUUACGAGACAUUGACUGGCGAUGUUCUCAUAGCUUCUGGCGUUGUUUCGUAUCUGGGACCAUUUACAAGCGACUUCAGGGCACAACAAAUCAAAGAAUGGCGGGAUAAAUGUGUGGAAAUGGGAAUUCCAUGCGCAACAAACUUCCCACUUCAAAAUGUUCUUGGCGAUCCUGUUUUGAUAAGAUCGUGGAACAUUUUCGGUCUUCCCAGUGACUCAUUUUCAAUUGAAAGUGCGAUCAUUCUCAACAAUGCACGUCGUUGGCCUUUGAUGAUUGAUCCACAAGGACAAGCAAAUAAAUGGAUUAAAAAUAUGGAGAAGGGAAAUCGAUUGGGAAUUAUUAGACUUUCGCAACCAGACUACACUCGAGUGUUGGAGAAUUCAAUUUUGUUUGGACUUCCAGUGUUGCUUGAGAAUAUUGGCGAAGAUAUUGAUCCGAUUUUAGAGCCAGUGCUUUUGAAGCAAACAUUUAAACAAGGUGGAGCUUUGGUCAUUAAACUUGGUGAUUCCAUAAUCGAAUACAAUGACAGCUUUCGCUUAUACAUCACAACAAAACUUCGAAAUCCACAUUACAUGCCAGAAGUUGCUGUGAAAGUUACAAUGUUGAACUUUAUGAUCACACCUGAUGGAUUGCAAGAUCAACUUUUAGCGAUAACUGUCGCACGUGAACGUCCCGAUCUCGAAGCAGAGAAGAAUCAAUUGAUUUUGGCAAACAUUGAUCCAAUGUAUCAAUAUAGUCUUGCUUGGUUCGUUAAUCUCUUCACAAAUGCUAUUGAUAACACAGAGAAGGUUGAUGAUCUUGAUCAGAGAUUAUCGGAGUUGACCAGCUACUUCACUUACAGUUUAUACGUAAACAUUUGUCGAAGUUUAUUCGAGAGAGACAAAUUGUUGUUCUCACUUUUAUUGACGAUAAAUUUGAUAAGAAAUGAAGGGAAAAUUGAUCAAGAUGAGUGGAUGUUUCUGUUGACAGGUGGUGUAGGUUUACAAAAUUUAAUAGCAAAACCAGCUGAUUGGAUUCCAACAAAAGCUUGGGAUGAAAUUUGUCGGUUAUCGAAGUUUCAAUCUUUUAUUGGGUUGGAUGAAAGUGUCGCUAAAGAUAACAAAGCGUGGGAAGAAUUCUUUAAUUCUGAUGCACCACAAGCAAUGCCACUGCCAAACAAAUGGAAUGAACUUGGAGAAUUUCAUAAAAUUCUGAUUCUGAGAAGCUUUCGACCUGAUAAACUCGUUCCAGCUAUUCGAGAUUAUGUCACUUUAGUUAUGGGAAAUAAAUUUACUGAACCACCAUCAUUUGAUCUUCCAGCAUCUUAUGAUGAUUCCCAGUGUUGUAUUCCACUUAUUUUCAUUCUCACACCUGGUGCUGAUCCCAUCGCAACAUUGCUAAAGUUUGCUGAUGAUCAAGGCUAUGGCGCUAAUCGACUUUUCUCGCUUUCACUUGGUCAAGGUCAAGGACCGAUUGCCACGAAAAUGAUUGACGAAGGAACGAAGUAUGGUAAUUGGGUGAUUUUACAGAAUUGUCAUUUAGCAAAAAGUUGGAUGCCAACAUUGGAGAAAAUCUGUGAGGGUUUCUUACCUGAUACGACGCACAUUGACUUCCGUUUGUGGUUGACGUCAUAUCCAUCAGAAGAUUUCCCUGUUGUCGUUCUUCAAAAUGGAGUGAAGAUGACAAAUGAACCUCCGAAAGGUCUUAAAAAUAAUAUUUUACGUUCAUUUCAAAGUGAUCCAAUUAAUGAUCCGGAAUGGUAUGAAUCAAACAAACAAUCAAAAGAUUUUAAACGUCUUUUGUUUUCAUUGUGCUUUUUCCAUGGUGUCGUGCAAGAGCGUCGAGCUUUUGGUCCAAUUGGAUGGAAUAUCGGAUAUGAGUUUAAUGAAACUGAUUUGAGAAUUAGUGUUAGACAAUUGAUGAUGUUCUUGAAUCAGUAUGACGAGAUUCAAUACAUUGCACUGCGAUAUUUGACAGGCGAAUGUAAUUAUGGGGGUCGUGUGACUGAUGAUUGGGAUCGAAGAUGUCUGAACACAAUUUUAUCGUAUUACUACGCGAGGGAUGUCUUGGAAGACGAUGGUUACAAAUUUGAUGAAACUGGCAAUUAUUAUGCUCCGAAAGUUACUGAAUAUGACGAAUUUGUUGGCUUCAUUAAGAAACUUCCAAUGAUUUCACGUCCAGGAAUUUUUGGCUUACAUGAGAAUGCUGAUAUCAUCAAAGAUCAACAAGAAACGGCAUCAUUGUUGACGAAUAUUUUAAAGACACAGGUAACAUCUGACGGCGCUGGUGCAAGUAAAUCAGAGAAACUUGUGAUUGAAGUGUCAAUGGACAUUCUUUCGAAACUACCAAAAGAGUUUGACAUUGACAAAGCAAAUGAGAAAUAUCCGACAAGUUAUCAUCAAAGCAUGAACACUGUGUUGGUUCAAGAAAUGGGACGAUUCAAUGAUUUGUUGAAACGAAUUCGAAUAAGUUUAAUUACAGUGACACAAGCAGUCAAAGGUUUAAUUUCCAUCACUCCGGAUGUUGAGAAAGUUGUCAGCUCGAUUGUCACUACUAAAAUUCCCGAAUUUUGGGCAAAGAAAUCUUAUCCAAGCUUAAAACCUUUGGGAAGUUACAUAACAGAUUUUCUAGCUCGACUCGAGUUUCUACAAAAGUGGAUGGACAAUGGACCAUCUGACACUUUCUGGUUAUCGGGAUUCUUCUUUACUCAAGCAUUUCUUACUGGUGCUCAACAAAACUUUGCUAGAAAAUAUUCAAUUCCAAUUGAUUUAUUGGUGUUCGACUACAACAUUCUCUCUUCUGAUGACGUAAAUUCAGCACCCGAUGACGGCGUUUAUGUUUAUGGAUUGUUUCUUGAAGGUGCAAGAUGGAAUCGAGAGAAACAUUGUCUCUCUGAAUCUCUAACAAGAAUACUUCACGAUAAAAUGCCAAUGAUUUGGUUGAAACCUAUAAAAAAAGAUGACGUGAAGUCGAAACAUUCUUACAUCUGUCCAGUUUAUAAAACAGCAGAACGACGUGGAAUUUUAUCAACCACUGGCCACUCAACAAAUUUCGUCAUUGCAAUGGACUUGCCUUGUGCACCUGAAACGAAACCAGAACAUUGGACAAUGCGUGGUUGUGCAUUGCUCUGUCAAUUAAGUGAAUAA